AUGCCGAAACAACACGGAUCUUCCACUCGGAACCACCGCCAAGCGCCGUAUGUCCCGCGGCAGUCGCAGAGGGAGCGCGAGGGCACGAGGGCGAAUUUGGCCGAUGGGGAGGGCUUUGGUCCAACUGACUCCCAGCGCGGAGACAUGUACGAUCUUGGCUUCAACGUCGUCAAGCGCAACCGGGUCGACGCCACGCGGAUCGCGAUGCAGGCCCACGAAGAGCCACCGGACGACAAGACCAUCGUCCUCUUCACUGACGCGUCUCUCCCCGGCGGGCAGGGAAUACGUGUCAUCGGGGGAAUAGCGGUGGUUCGAGUCUUGCCGAGUGACGCGGACCAGAGCGCUACUGCCAGUGCCGGCGAGAGUGAGCAGAAUCCAGGGCAGGCACCUGACAAGUUUCGCCUCGAUGGUGUGACCGGCGAGGAGUUCACCAUCGAGGACCGCCUGGAGGACGGCCCUCUCAGACACCGGCAGCUGGAGGUGGAGGAGCUGGAGCUGGUUGCCAUGCUGAGGGGCUUCGAGUACGCUGUAUCUGAGGUGGAAAUCCGGGAGCUCGGUGACCUGACUACCAGUCACCUACUUCUCUGGAGUGACUGCUUCGGGGGCUUGAACACGCUCCGGCUGUUCAGGGCGGGUGAUUCCGCGUGGCAAGACCACCCGUCAGCAUGGGUACUGCGGCAAAUCUUGGAGUGCGCCCGGAAGCUCAGGGACUGCGGCGUGUACGUCAAGUGCCAGUGGGUGCCUGGUCACUCCAACAUCCCUGGCAACGAAGAGGCGGAUCGUAUCGCCAAAGCGGCAGCGGCGGGCAAACCUUGGAAGUAG